AUGCGGCAUGAUCUGGAGAAAUCCGCUUCGAUCCAGCCAUCAGCCGAGGCCUACGCUGCCGAUCAACCAAUACCCGGUGCUGAGGACAGCUUGACGAUGAAGAUCAACAAGGGAGAGCAGAGGAGCAAGAUCCUGCCCUUCCGAAGUGUGCACAAGUCGGAUCCAGCAAUCUCGCAGAUUUUGCGGAUCCCGCUACACCGCAAUGGUGCGCGUGCCGGACCUUCUGCUUACUCCAGAUAUCACCGCGAGAAAAAAGAAGAGGUUCAAAUGAAGAUUGAACCGGGGGAAUCAAACGUUGACGGACAUCGGAUCGAUGUCAACGCCGCUGAUUGA